AUGUUGCAGUUCGUCACCAUGGUCAAUGCGAUUCUCUGGAUUGGGUUUCUGUUCUUGGCAAGCAUGGCCUUAGUGCUGAUCGACAUGAUAUUCCUUGACAGAAUCCCAUUUGUGAGAAAUAUAAAAAUUUCUUAUGGGACAGCCUCAUCUUCUGAUCCUUCCAAGAUUUACACUUCUCCUGUGAUCAUCAAUGAUCUCAUUUCAAUAUCACCCGAUGACAAAGUUGUUGCAAACUAUACUUCUAUUCCCCAUUUUCAAUUUUACGAAAAGAUUAUUGCGGAGAAAACAGGAAAAAGGGUUCCAACGGGCACUGUCCCGCAAAACUUCAGAUUGUUUGCUGCAUAUAAGUUCCCCGAGCAGAUUACAGUAACGACUGCGUCUCAUGGAAGAUAUGGCGACCCCGUCUACUGUCGCUACUUUGACGACGAACUUCAUGAAGUGGCAAAACCUUUCAAGAGCGUCUUAUUCCCAAAAUAUAGCAUUUUCUGCUUGCGACGAGAUGAAGCCACAUUUAUUUCGCUAUCAGAGAGCCAUUCUGGAAACUACACGUACCCCGUGCCGAUUUUGGACCGCACUUUUGAUGCGCCACGCUAUUUCUUCUCUGUUUGCUUGGCUCCGAUAUAUGGGCCAGAACCAAAGUGGCUCCUGCUGUCGGAAUUCAUUGAACAUUAUAAAAUUCAAGGUGCUACGCACUUCUACAUCUACGUCAGAGAAAUCGACGAGUAUGACACAAUAGUUCUUAAUGACUAUGUCCGUACAGGAGAUGCAGAAGUCGUUCAUUUCCGUAAUGCGUACAUAGAAUCGAUUGUUGACUGGCAUCGAAUGGAAAUUCAAGACUGCCUUACGCGGGCAAAGAGACAUUCUCAAUGGGUUGCAUUUGUGGAUCUGGAUGAGCGUCUUACUCCUACAAACUACAGUGGCAUUCUUCAGGAUUAUCUUAGGAACAUUUCCGACCCGUUAAUCGGUGGUAUUCAAUUUCGGCAACGAUGGAUUCUGAAAAAUGACACGAUGCCUUUAAAAUACAAGGAUGAUAAUCAGACUGCCACCUAUAUGCCAACAUUACGAUACCACAAUACUUCUCAUGUGGGGCCUGUUGGUCAUACUGCCAAGUGCAUAGUGGAUCCGCUGAAGGUGCUGAUGAUGGAAAUCCACUUCCCUGACAAGUUCUAUGAUAAUUAUACGCUUUAUCGAUUGGAGCCAGAAGUUGGGGUGGUC